UCUCCUAUCCUUGCAUCCAGAUAAAAGCACGAAUUAUGAUCCUGUACAAUGGCCGUCAGAGGGAAGUUUUGUUUAGCUGUUCUACUCCUCUCUGUUUUGUUUCUUUGUGCUGGCUUAACUCUAGCUACAAGAGACCCAGAGCUAACGCAGUGCAAGCACCAAUGUCAACACCAACGUCAAUAUGAUGAGGACCAGAAGGCAAAGUGCAUGGAUCGAUGUGAGAAGUAUUACAAAGAGAAGAAGGAGCAUGAGAGUGAAGUAAAAGGGAGGGGAGAAGAAGAAGAAGGAAGGAGAAGUUACGAUAACGAUGACUGGGUCGAUCUUGAAAAGAGGCCGGAAUCGUGUGAAAGCCAAUGCGAGAGGCUAAGGGGACAAGGAAGAGCGCUUUGUGGCCUACGGUGCCGAAAGAGUUAUGGAAGAUAUCAUGGAAGAGAAGAAGAGGAAGUGGGAGGAGUGGAUAACCCUUAUGUUUUUGAGGAGCAUCAUUUCACUUCAAGAGUGAAGUCUGAACAUGGAAGAAUUGACGUUCUCCAAAAGUUUACCAAGGAAGCAAAGUUUUUACGUGGUAUUGAGAAUUAUCGGGUUGCCAUUCUUGAAGCAAAUCCUCAAACAUUUGUAGCUCCUAGCCAUUGGGAUGCUGACGCUGUUCUUUUUGUGGCUAAAGGCCGGGGAACUAUAACUACAAUCCGUGAGGAAAAGAAAGAGAGCUUUAACAUCGAAUGUGGAGAUGUCAUAAGGGUUCAUGCAGGCACUCCUGUCUACUUAAUCAAUAGGGACGAAAAUGAGAAACUUUUCAUUGUCAAUUUCGUUAGACCUGUCAAUCUUCCCGGCAAAUUCGAGGCUUUCCGUGCCCCAGGUGGUGAAGAUCAGUCUUUUUACAGCGCAUUCAGCUGGGAGUUGCUAGAGGCUGCUUUUAAGACCGACAGGAGGAGGUUGGAGCACAUCUUAAAACAAAGUCAAGAUUUCAUUGCGAAAGCCUCCAAGGAGCAGAUCCAAUCUAUGAGCCACCAUGAGAAAGCUGGCCGCAUCUGGCCAUUUGGAGAAGAAUCAAGCGGCUCAUUCAAUCUUCUCCACAAGCGCCCUGUUCAAAGCAACAACUAUGGUCAGCUUUUCGAAGUCGAUCAUAAUGAUUACGAACAGCUUAAAGACCUUGAAUUAAUCGUCUCAGUUGCCAACAUUACCCGAGGAUCUAUGAUUGGACCCUACUACAAUUCGAAGGCGACCAAGGUUUCUGUUGUUUUGGACGGUGAGGGCUACUUUGAAAUGGCUUGUCCUCACGUUAGCGACAGCUCGCAGCAAGAAAGUACGGGUUCAAUUUAUCAGAAAGUAAGCUCACGCUUGAGACAAGGCACGGUGUUCGUUGUCCCCGCCGGCCAUCCGGUGGCUUCUGUAGCUUCAGAAAAAAAUAAUCUGGUAAUACUUUGCUUUGAGGUCAACUCCAAAGGCAACACUAGGUAUCCUCUUGCAGGGAAAAAUAAUGUCGUAAAUAAGAUGGAGAGGGCAGCGAAGGAGUUGGCCUUUGGUGUGAAAGCGAGAGAAGUAGAGCAAGUUUUUGGAAACCAAGAUGAAGAGUUGUUCUUCCCGGGGCCAAGGCAGCACCAGAGGGAAGGUCGCGCAUGUGCAUGAGGGUGUGAAAGUAAAACUGAGGUCUCACUGGGUUACGCUUCUUGGGGAGAGGCUAAAGGCUAACCGACAAAGAGGGUUUUGUGGGUUCUGUAAUGUGAAUAGUGUUGUGUAUAAAAUGAAAUAAUGAAAGGCAGAGGAGCAUGUACAUGGAUUUACAUCCAUCUAACAAUUAAAAUGCUACCUCUUUUUUUUUCUAUAA